UUACAAAUUCAAUGAAAUAGUUGCAUAGAUAAUAUACAAAUUUUUUUAAUUCGAAAUGAUUGACGUGGACUAACUAUCUUACCUUCAUUCAGUUCGAUCUUAACUGAACUCACCUUAUUUUUAAAUAAAUACCGCUGCAAAAUACUAAACCAAAAAAUUUUACAUACAUCGACCAAUAUAUCUGUUUAGGUUAUGUGUACAACGUUUACUGUAUUAUAAAGAAGAUUGUAUUUGUUUAUUAUCUUGUGUGUGCUCUUAUUCAGUCUUGCUUCAUAACACAUGAUGGCUAUCGAUGAAGGAAUAAUAAUAUUUUUAAUUUUACUUUUUUCAUGGGGAGAGUACCUAUGGGAAUUAUAUCUUUCUCUUAGACAGUUGAAAAUAUAUCAAACAAACAACACUAUUCCCAAUGAUUUAAAAGAAAUGUUAAAUGAAGAAUCUUUUAAAAAGGCAAGAUUAUAUGGGAUUGAUAAAUCAAGGUUCAAAAUAGUAAAGGAAUUUUAUAGUAUAGCACUAACAACAAUAAUUUUGUAUAACCGCUGGAUUUAUGUUGCUUGGAACAAGUCAGAAAAUAUUGCUGCCAUUUUCAAUAUUGCACCUGAUAGGGAAAUACUAAUAAGUUGUGUCUUCAUGUCCUUUGUAACACUAUUCAAUUUUAUUGUAAAUAUGCCAUUCACAAUUUAUGGUAUAUUUGUGUUGGAAGAAAAACAUGGUUUCAAUAAACAAACUGUGGGCUUCUUUAUAAAAGACCAAGUGAAGUCACUAUUGUUAAGCCUUGUAAUCACAUUGCCAAUCAUAUCUGUGGCAAUUUACAUCAUUAUGCUUGGUGGUAAUAUGUUUGUUGUUUGGUUGUGGUUGUUCACCACAGUUGCUACUUUAAUACUUUUAACUCUUUAUCCCACUGUUAUUGCACCACUAUUUGAUAAAUUUGUUCCCUUGCCUGAUGGUUCUCUCAGGACAAGUAUUGAAAACUUGGCCUCAAAAUUACAUUUCCCAUUAUCUCAAAUUUAUAUUGUUGAAGGCUCUAAGAGAUCUGCCCACAGUAAUGCAUAUUUCAGUGGUUUAUUUGGUGCAAAGAGAAUUGUCUUGUUUGAUACAUUGCUAGAAAAAUAUGAUGAGGAGAAAAAGAAAACAACUGGUUGCACUGAAAGUGAAAUAUUAGGUGUUUUGGCUCAUGAAUUAGGUCAUUGGAGUUGCAGCCAUAUUUAUAAAUCAAUUGCAUUAACUGAAGUUAAUUUGCUCUUGCUAUUUACUGGAUUUGGAUUAUUAUUCAAGUAUUCUAUGCUGUAUACAUCACUUGGUUUCCCAACAAGUCAGGAACCCAUAAUUAUUGGCUUAAUAGUAGUUUUACAGAUGGUAUUGGCUCCAUACAAUUCAGUUUUGUCAUAUUUUGCAACAGCACUCUCUCGUAAGUUUGAGUUUGAAGCUGAUAACUUUGCUGUUUCAUUAAAUUAUCCUAAUGAGUUAAGGUCAUCCCUUAUAAAAUUGGGCAAGGAUAAUUUGGAUUAUCCAAUUUAUGAUAAACUUUAUUCUGCUUGGUAUCAUUCCCAUCCAACAUUACUACACAGAAUUGAAAAUAUAAAGAAUCAAUCACUAGAUAAGAAACAAGAUUAGCUUAUUAUCACUAUAGAGCAAGGUAUUUUUAAGUAUACAAUUAAAAUAAAUGUUGUUAUUUGUAUGUUACAAAUAAUGUUAAUUACAUAUUUUCUAUACUUUCUUUUCAUUUCAAUAUAUUCUUUUUUAUUUUGAAGGCAUCUUUAUGUUGCCAUUUUAUAUAUAUUAACUAAUAUCAGAAAAUUAGAAGGUUAUGUAAAUAAACCUAUUUUUUUUAUAUGUAGAAUACAUAAUCAUUUAUAUAAACUUUAUGAAUACAGGGUGAAAUUGAAAUAGUUUGUCAUCAUUUUAUGUCAUUGUUUGUCAAUGUUAUGUUUUAGGUUCUAUCAGUGAAAAUUAAUGAUUUUAUCAAAGGAACAUGGGUGGAAAAACAAAAUAUUUUAAGCCUCCAUACUAACAUGGCGCUUCCAUCUUUUAAGUUAUUAUGAGAGGUUCAACAUUUUUCAUCAUACCUUGCCUUUAAAUGUCCACUGCUCUCCCAUACAUAGGGCUUUGCCAAUAUCUGCCACGCUUGGCAGGCGGGUUGGCACCUGCAGUUAGGCUUUUGUGAUGUGUUUAAGAGGGACACUCCUGCCCAUCCCUUGACCUUUAAAUUUUUGAUCAAAAUUUUUUGUCACUAAUUAACGAAAUUACCGACCUAAAAUAAUCUACAGCGUUGGUAGAUUCUUUAAUUUUACAUACUGCUAUUUAUUUCAAUUUCACCUGUAUAUUAGUGAAUUGAUUAUGUACAAUAUUACUUAAAUUGUCUAUUUUAGUCAGUAAUCAGGUAUUGACCAAAAAUCUUGGAAAUGUAAUAUUAGUAAUAAAUAACACAUUACUAUUACUAAUUAUGAUAUUACAUGACAAUAUUCAUUACCAGAAAACACAAUAAUUAGCAUUUAUUUUAUUUUUGUUUUUUUCAAGUUCUGUAUGUGUAAUGUGAUUUGUGUAAUGUAUAAUUAGUUAUUAGUAUAAUUUAUAAUUAUCUAUUCAUAAAUAGACAAGACUAAAAAUAUUAAUAUGUAUUUAUUUAUAAAACUAGCUAUUAUAUUCAUUGGAUAACUUUUUUCAAAUAAGGACUAAAACAGACCUCCCAGUAUCGGUGUAAGAAAAUUAUUAUUUUGCAGUAUUUAAUGCAAAUCGCUGCUUAGUUUUCAACAUUUAGAUAUUACUUUUAACUAAGCACGGAAUGUGUUUAAAGGUGUGCCCAGACGAAAAAUCUUCAACAAUCUUUUUUUUUUUAAUAUUGGCACAUAAGAUUUAAUUAUUUCAUCAAAAGACCCCGGCUAACACAGCAUGGAAGUUUUUCUUCCAAAUUCCAAGGUCGCUCGUCUGCGCAGGCCCUAAUAAAGGUUUUUAUAGUUGUAGUGCACUGUACAAACGACUGAUCUAGUGAAAUUCAAGGAAACGCGACUGUGAAGAUCACUACAACACGUAUGAUAAGUCUCCCGUCACCACUACUUCACUGAUGCUCAGUGGAUAUACUCUAUUGUUUUCAAAAUGUCAUUGCGAUCUGUAAAGACACAUAGUCGUUUUAGAAAUGUGAUAUAACUAAGUACAUUGUUAUUGCAUUAACGAAAAUGACUUAGUAUAAUUGCUGUUAAUAAUAAACAGACUGAUUACUUAUUUCCAUUUAGUUUUUUAUAUUGUAAUUCAGGAAUAUCAUAAGAGUAGAUAUUCAAUAUAUAUACCUUGUAUGUAAUAAAACUGAAUAAAUUUUGUACAUCGUGUCUAAUA